AUGGUGGACAGCUACGACAACCCAAUGUACCGAAACAAGCCGAGCACCCGGGUGCACGCCGCACCCGGUGGCGCAUCGUCUAUCUGCUUCGGCGAUGAUGUUCCCUCGCCCUCGCCUGCUGUGCGAUCGCCGGGAGUGUCCACCGCGUCUUCCCCUGCGCCUCCCAGUGCCAGCCCCUCUCCAAGGCCCCCUGCUGGAAACCACGGAGUCUCGCAGGACUGCAGUGCUUCAAAGACUUCCGUUCGCGUGCACCAGCCCCCUGGAGGGAGAUCCUCGAUUCAUUUCGGCUGA